AUCCAUGGCGGCUUCAACGUUGAAACUAGUGUUCUUCUUGCUCUUUUCCUUCUUCACCUUCUCACCAAUAACCUCAAGCCACCACCCACUGGACCCUCUAACCCCAUCUGAGUUCAAACUGGUUCGAACCCUAGUCAAGAAAUCGUACCCUAGCCCCAAACACAACCUAACCUUUCAAUACAUAAGCUUGGACGAGCCAGACAAACCGGCCCUCCAUUCAUGGCUCUCGAAACCCAAAUCAAAACCCCCACCUCGCCGAGCCUUUGUCAUCACACGGCUCAACAGACAAUCCCAUGAGCUCAUAGUGGAUUUAUCAAAUCGCUACAUAGUUUCUGAUAAAUUUUACAAUGGAAAUGAUGGCUACCCUUUGCUCACCUUCGACGAACAAACGGUGGCAAGUGAACUGCCGUUUUCCUAUAAACCAUUUAUUGACUCGGUCAAGAAGAGGAGGCUUAACUUGUCCGAGGUUGUUUGUACCACGUUUUCAGUUGGGUGGUUUGGAGAGGAGCACAGUGGAAGAGUGAUAAAGAUUUUGUGUUUUUAUGUUGAGCGAUCGGCUAAUUUGUACGUGAGGCCCUUGGAGGGAGUAUCUUUGCUCGUUGAUCUUGAUGAGUUGAAGAUAGUUGAGUAUUAUGACCGGGCCAGGGUUCCGGUGCCAAAAGCUGAGGGGACGGAGUACAGGCGGUCGAAGCAGAAGCCUCCGUUCGGUCCACGGCUGAAUAGAUUCGCCAUAGAGCAACCGGAUGGACCUGGGUUCAAGAUCAAUGGGCACAAAAUAAGUUGGGCCAAUUGGGAGUUCCAUGUAGGAUUUGAUGUUCGAGCUGGUCCAAUAAUUUCCUUGGCAUCAAUUUAUGAUCUAGAAAAGGGUACAUAUCGGCAAGUAUUGUACAGAGGGUUCGUAUCGGAGCUGUUCGUGCCAUACAUGGACCCAACUGAAGAAUGGUACUACAAGACCUUCUUUGAUGCUGGUGAGUUUGGGUUCGGUCAAUCGGCUAUGCCAUUGGAGCCACUGGCUGAUUGCCCUGCCAAUGCUGCAUUCAUAGACGCAUACUAUGCUGGGGAGGAUGGCACCCCUGUCAAAAUAUCCAAUGCUAUUUGCAUAUUUGAGCAACAUUCUGGGAGCGUCUUGUGGCGUCACACUGAAAUAGCAAUUUCAGGAGAAGUGAUAACGGAGGUUAGGCCGGAGGUGAGCUUGAUAGUGAGGAUGGUCACAACCAUUGGCAACUACGAUUACAUACUCGAUUGGGAAUUUAAGCCAAGCGGCUCCAUCAAAAUAGGGGUAGGUUUAACAGGAAUACUAGAAGUGAAGGCUGCAGAUUACACCCACACGAGUCAAAUAAAGGAGGAGGCAUAUGGAACAUUGCUAGCAAAAAACACAAUUGGGGUGUACCACGACCAUUUCUUGACCUACUAUCUUGAUCUUGACGUGGAUGGUGAAGCCAACUCCUUUGUCAAAAACAAUUUGGUGACAAAAAGAGUGACAUACAAGAGCUCACUUAGGAAGAGUUAUUGGACAGUCGAGAGUGAGACAGCUAAAACUGAAUUAGAUGCCAAAAUUCAGUUGUGUUUGAAGCCAUCGGAGCUAGUUGUGGUAAACCCUAACAAGAAGACCAAACCUGGAAACAACAUAGGCUACCGUCUGAUUCCAGGGUCAAUUUCAAACCCACUUUUAUCCUCUGAUGAUUUCCCACAAAUCCGAGGUGCCUUCACUAAUUACAAUGUAUGGGUCACGCCUUAUAACAAGUCUGAAAAAUGGGCAGGAGGACAAUAUAUUGAUCGGAGCCAUGGAGAUGAUACAUUGGCUACUUGGAGCCUCAGGAACCGAGGGAUCGAAAAUAAGGACGUAGUGUUGUGGUACACCAUGGGCUUUCAUCAUGUUCCUUCCCAAGAAAAUUUCCCAAUCAUGCCAACAUUAAGUGGUGGGUUUGAGCUUCGGCCCACUAAUUUCUUUGAAAGCAAUCCAGUUCUUAAAACAAAACCUCCUAAUCAUGUGAACUGCACUACAAAACCCUAAUUAGCAUUACCUCCUAAUUAUGCCUAGCUUUCUUUUCUUCUUUUUUUACCCUAUAAGAUUUUGUAUUAUGUCAUCGCCACCCAAUAAAGAGGUGUUAAUUUUGUAUAA